AGUUUCCUUCCUCCCCCACCCUCUCCUUCGCCUCUUUCCAGCCGGCGAGGCACGCUCGGCAUCCAAGUCGACAACUGCAUUUUGGGGCGUCGUUUUUCUUCUUUUGGAAAUCGAAUUUCUUAGCCUGGCUGCAUAUUUGCCGGCAGAGAUGCUCUCUUUGGCGUUCAGCUCUGGGCAAUGAUCUUUGAAGUACGGAUACCCCAAGGAAACUCUAACAUCACAGCAGCACUAUGGCUGGCGAACACGAGCAAUACGCCAAUCCUCUGCUCCUUGACUGGGUCAAGGAGUGGCUGGAUACUGCUAGAGAACGAAACAUGAAGAGCACCUCCACCUAUCGAAAUGCCUAUGAGUCUCUCAAGGCAUGCCCCAUCACCUUCAAGCAUCCACGCCAGCUCACUCAGCUCAAGGGCUUCGGAGACAAGCUCUCUUCACGUCUGACUGAUAAGCUAAAGGAGCAUUGCGAGUCAAACGGCCUGCCAAUGCCUAAGAAUCCACGGCUAUUCAAGGAAGACCGCACAUCCGUCGGCGGCGCUGCUGAAGAUCAAGACGCCCCUCCACCCAAGAAAGCACGCAAAAUAAAGCCUUACGUUCCAACAUAUCGCUCUGGCGCCUACGCUCUCUUACUAUCACUCUCCACACUGGAUAAUGGUGUACAAUUUGGAAUAACCAAAGCCAGCCUCAUAGAGUUGGCCCAGGAACACUGCGACGCAUCCUUCUCUGCACCCAGUGACCCUGGCAAGUACUACACGGCAUGGAACUCGAUGAAGACGCUUAUCGAAAAGGAUCUUGUUUGCGAGAAAGGCCGCCCACAGAGACGGUACUCUCUUACCGAUGAGGGAUGGGAAGUUGCUGAACGCAUCAAAAAGACCGCAGAAGCAAGCGGCGCAGCCGACUAUGCUAUCGCAGGCCCCAGUACGCGUGCCGGACCUGCCAGUGGGGUUGAUCUGACCCCCAUACCGUUGGACAGAGAAGCUUCGCCAUCUGUCGAGCCAGCCGAACGGCCGAGAACGAUAUCAGAAUACGAAGGCGUUGUCGCGAAUGGACCAAUGGUCUCGGACGAGGCAUCGUUACCAAACUUCGUCCCGAUUCGGCUGGCACCCGGUUCUUUUACUGUUCAUCUCGCCCUUGACAUCCGCGAAGUUCGAGCAGUCAAAGAUCGCGACUACAUGCAAGACGAGCUCACCAAAAAGGGCGUAAAACCCAUAAUGCGAGCUCUGGACGUCGGUGAUGCACAAUGGAUCGCCAAAUGCCACGAUCCCAACGCCCUAUCCCGCUACGGCGCAGAGGGAGAUGAGGUUGUACUGGAUUGGAUUAUUGAGCGCAAGCGACUAGACGACCUUGUUAGCAGUAUCAAGGAUGGCCGUUUUCACGAGCAGAAAUUUCGACUUCGCAAAUCUGGAGUCAAACACGUUGUCUACAUAGUCGAGGAAAUUGCCUUGGAUUCGGCGUAUUUCUCCAAGAUUGAGGAAAUGGUUCAAUCCGCCACCGCGUCUACGCAAGUAGUUAAUGGCUACUUUUUGAAGAAGACCCAGAAGAUGGACGAUACGAUCCGGUACCUUGCGCGGAUGACGUUCAUGCUCAAGAAGAUGUACGAAUGCAAGUCGCUUUUGGUCAUCCCGACACCGGUCUUGACAGCACAGAACUACUUGCCGUUGCUAGAACACCUUCGGGUGAAAGAGCCUACGACGAAUUACUACAUCACAUACGCGGCAUUUGCGUCAUUGGCGUCCAAGUCGGACAUGAUGACCUUACGAGAUGUUUACCUCAAAAUGCUCAUGACGACUAGGGGCAUUACGGGAGAGAAGGCUUUGGAGAUUCAGAAGCGGUGGAAGACACCGCAUGAUUUUAUCAAGGCGUUUCAGGAGUGCGGCUCAGGCGAGCAAGGGCUAAAGAGGAAACGGGAGAUGGUUAUCAGCGGUCUGCCCAAUUUGGUAGGGCGCAAGAAAAUUGCCAAGGCCGUUAGUCAACGGCUAGCCGAGGUCUGGGGCGAUGCUUGAUGAUGCUUAGAAUACCCCUAUUGUGAUAAUACAGGAAACAAUCUAUAGACUCACUCACCUAUCUGGGUUCACACUCACCACCCACCCUUUAUAAUAACACGAAAGAGAUUUCUUUUUCACCAAGGCCUAUGACGUGGCGGGGAAUGUCCUCGUUUGAAUUGCCCCGCACCCAUAGGUCUCGAGUUCGAGUCUCGUGAAAAUCCUAGCAUCGCUACACC